GUUCCGGCCUUCGCUGGCGCGGGGCAUGAUGGGUACCGUAUGGCUCCGCGUAGUGCCGCCCUCAACCCCCUCCCCCCGCCCGUGGUAGCCAUGGCAAUGGCCUGGGCCUAGCGCCGCGGGCGGGGCGGGCUCCCUUCCACCCGGUGCUGCGUGUCCCGUGAGCGGGCGCUUUGAUACCGGGGCGAGGCUGUGGCACAGAUCCAAGGCAGACCUUGCGAGGAGCGUGUCGCUCAGGACAAUACCGAGGUGCUGAGAAGGGCAGUAAAUGCUCUUGGAGGACACGGUUUACAUAAAGCAGGGGCAUACAAUCAGUAAAAUCAUAUUUGGCAGCUUUUCAUAGGGAAAAAACAAUCAAAUGCACAGCUCUGCAAGGGAGAAAUAAUGGUGCAGCAAUGGACUCGCAGAGGGAAGUACACAGGUAGUUUUGCAACAUGAUAAAACGGAUAGGAGGGAAGCUCUUGUUGUGCUGAUACGUGGGCUGCCUCGCUUCAGACUUAACCCGAUGACCACUGAUAACACCGCCGCUUGGAUGUGCAGAGCCGUGAUUGUUUCUCCGGUCCAGGGUAUCAUGCGACGAAAGCUGUCAUCCUUUCGAUGAGACAGCGCCAACGUCCAGAUGAGGCUCUUUGGCAUGCAGGAGUCUCUGGAUAUGCACUCAGGGAGAUCAUCACAGUAGGGUGCUGUCCAGAAAUGACCCUGUGCCUUCCUUGGGAUUUGGCUUCACCCUCACAAAUGGACAUUCACAGCAGAGGGGAGUUCUGGCAUGGGCUGGAGAGAAGAUGGCCAGUGCUUCCAGGGUGAGGAUCCCAGCAGUAAGACCUGUCUCCUUAUCUGCUACGGCCAGAGGCAUCUCUGGAAUUAGUGGAGGGGGUGAUGACAGCAGGAAGCGGCAGCUCACCAUACAGAAUGUGGCACAAUUAAUUCAGAAGAAAGAGUGCAGCAGGGUGGUGGUGAUGGCUGGAGCUGGGAUCAGUACCCCCAGUGGCAUCCCAGAUUUCAGGUCUCCUGGGAGUGGCCUGUACAGUAACCUCCAGCAGUACAACAUUCCCUACCCAGAAGCCAUCUUUGAACUCAGUUAUUUCUUCCACAAUCCUAAACCCUUUUUCACUUUGGCCAAGGAGCUGUACCCUGGUAAUUAUAAGCCCAACUAUGCCCAUUACUUCCUGCGACUCCUGCAUGACAAAGACCUCCUUAUGCGUCUGUACACCCAGAACAUCGAUGGGCUAGAGAGGGUUGCUGGGAUCCCUCCCAAUAGUCUAGUGGAAGCCCACGGCACCUUUGCCACUGCUACGUGCACUGUCUGUCGUAGAACAUAUCCAGGUGAAGACUUUAGGGGGGAAGUGAUGGCAGACAAGAUCCCUCACUGCCCAGUCUGCACUGGACUCAUCAAACCUGACAUUGUGUUUUUUGGAGAGGAGCUCCCAAGCCGGUUCUUCCUGCAUAUGACAGAUUUCCCUAUGGCAGACCUUCUCUUUGUUAUUGGGACAUCCCUUGAGGUGGAGCCAUUUGCUAGUCUUGCUGGUGCCGUCCGCAGCUCUGUUCCCCGUGUACUGAUCAAUCGAGACCUGGUGGGACCAUUCGCAUAUCAGCAACAGUGCAAUGACAUAGCCCAGCUGGGAGAUGUGGUCAGUGGGGUGGAGAAGCUGGUGGAGUUGCUGGGCUGGAAGAAGGAGAUGCAGGAAUUAAUUCAGAGGGAAACACAGAAGCUGGAUGCCAAAGACAGUUAGGAUGGCUGGCUGAACACAGUUGGAAAAUGAUCUGCACCUUGAAAAUGGAUUUGUACCAGUUGUUAUUUGGGGGAAAUCGCUGCUAAUCGGGAGGUGAAAGGUGUUGACGUGCCUAGAGAUGGUUCCUCAAACAGCCAUGCCUGUUGAGCAGGGCUGGUUUAAGCUGCUGUUUCAAUUUGAA